AAUAAAUCAUCUGAAAAGUGCUAUAAUUUGUAAAUUAUACUAUUUUCUAAACUUUUAUGUAAAAUAAUAGAGAAAUCAUGUUGCAAAUAAUGCUUUCAACCGCUAGAACUUCAAAUAUUUUACCCAAAAUUGUUUUACGAUACAAUUCAAGUUUUGCAACAGCAUUUGAAGUUGUUGUCAUUGGAGGCGGCCAUGCGGGAACAGAAGCAGCAUCAGCAGCUGCAAGAAUGGGUGCGAAUACGUUACUCAUCACUCACAAAAAAUCAACAAUCGGUGAAAUGAGCUGCAACCCGUCGUUUGGUGGAAUCGGGAAAGGACAUCUCGUAAGAGAAAUUGAUGCACUCGACGGCGUUUGUGCAAGAUGUUGCGAUAUAUCGGGAGUUCAAUACAAAGUAUUAAAUAAAAGUAAAGGUCCAGCAGUGUAUGGAUUACGUGCUCAAAUCGACAGAAAUCUUUAUCGCAAAGCAGUUCAGGAAGAAUUGAUGAGUGCAAGAAAUCUUGAGAUUAUUGAAGAUUCAGUUGAAGAUAUAAUUUAUGAUAAAAGCGACUUAAACACUUGCAUUAUCAAAGGUGUUUCCACAAAAGCAGGUCGUGAAAUUGGAUGUAAAAGUGUUGUGAUUACAACGGGAACAUUUUUACGAGGUCAAAUAAAUAUUGGUCUUGAUGUGAGACCAGCUGGACGUAUUGGAGAUGAACCAGCAAUUGGACUUGCAAAAAGCUUAGAAAGUUUAGGAUUUAAACUUUCCAGACUAAAGACGGGAACACCACCGAGAAUAAAAGCGGACACAAUAAAUUAUAAAAUUUUAGAAAAACAUUAUGGAGAUAAAAUUCCAGUUCCUUUUAGUUUCAUGAAUUCUAAGGUGUGGUUGAAUCCCGAAGAUCAGCUGGUUUGUCAUAUGAGUUACACAACGAAGUCAAUCAAUUCCAUUGUCAAAGACAAUCUUCAUGUUAAUAGACAUGUGACUGAAGAAGUGACAGGUCCAAGAUAUUGUCCAUCGAUCGAAUCAAAGAUUCUUCGAUUUGGAGAGAAAACGCAUCAUAUUUGGUUGGAACCUGAAGGAUUUGACAGUGAAGUCAUCUACCCAAAUGGCCUUUCAUGUACACUUCCAGCUGAUCUUCAAGCUAAACUUGUUAGGAAUCUCGUUGGAUGUGAAAAUGCCGAAGUUGUUCGACCUGGUUAUGGUGUUGAAUAUGACUAUGUUGAUCCACGUGAAUUAUUCCCAACAUUAGAGACGAAAAGAGUUGAAGGUUUGUUCUUAGCUGGUCAAAUUAAUGGAACAACAGGAUAUGAAGAAGCAGCAAGUCAGGGUGUAAUAGCUGGCGCUAAUGCAGCUAGUAAAGCUUUGAGAAGAAGCGAGUUGACCGUCAAUCGAACAGAAGCUUACAUUGGAGUUUUAAUUGAUGACCUCACAACUCUCGGCACUAACGAACCUUACCGAAUGUUCACGUCACGGAGUGAAUUUCGUUUGACGCUUCGACCAGACAACGCAGACUUACGACUCACUGCGAAGGGCUAUCAAAUUGGACUCGUAUCGGAAAAACGAUAUCAAAAAAUGUGCGAUACUCGAGUGAAGUUAGAUAAGGCCUUAGAAUUACUGCAAAACUUUACAAUGACUAACAAUCAAUGGCGCGAAAAAUUGAACAUGAAUCAAGUGAAGACGACGGGUUUUAAGAGCGCUUUUGAGUUUAUAUCGUUAGCUGGUCCACCAAGUGUUGAAGACAUCUGCAAUCUUGAUCUUCCUAAUCUUGGGUGGAUUCGAAAUGAUUCUGAUCUUUGUAAUCGAGUUAAAAUUGAAGCAAUUUAUGAAAGAGUUGUGAACGAACAAGCGAAGGAAGUUGUUGAGAUUCGUCGUGAUGAAGAAAUGAAGAUUCCCAGAAAUAUUGAUUAUUUAUCGGCAUCUCUUUGCUUAUCAUUUGAAGAACGAGAAAAGUUAAUUAUGAUUCAACCUCAAACAAUUGCAGCUGCAACAAGAAUUCAAGGAGUGACACCAUCAACAGUUCUCAGACUUUUAAGAUUCGUCAAACAAAACGAUAAUCAAAGUAAAAUGUUGACAUGAUAAGAAUGAAUGAUUGAAAGUUUCAUCAUCAAUAAAUCAAAAUUUAUUUAAUUUACACAAAUUUACAAAUAUUUAAAUAAAAGUCAUGUCAAGUGUUACACUUUCUUAAAAAACUAAUUAAGAAAAAUUCUACAUAAAUAUUAACUAAAGUAACUCAUUCGAAACUAACUUCUAACUAAAAUCUUUUUUAAGUCUUUAACAAUUUUCAUUAUUGGGAUGUCGAGUGCUAAUUAAUUAAUUUGUUGAUCUUUGGAGAUGAUUGUGUCAUGAAAUUAAUUGUUGGACUUUUUUUUCGUAUUCCUACAAUCAAACUAAUGUAAAACUAUUCAUUAAAUCGACUUCUUUUCUAAAAGAAUUUCUUCGUGGUGAUUUCGAGUUUUUACGAUGUAUUUGAACUGUUUGGAGUGUUUCCAUUUCAAAAUCUUCUCCGUCUUUCCUUCGUUUUUUCUUUAUAUCAGACGAUCUUCUUCUGCUUUCAAAGUCUAUGUUGGGACCAAUCGGCGAUGGAACCUCGCGUGUGAAUUCAAACUUUCCACCGAGCUUCCGAAACAGCGAAUAAUUACAAAUUGCUGGAUAAAUUUUCACCGAAGCAAAUAUUGAACAGUUUCUAAUGAGAACGAAGUUCAACUCAAAUAAUCCUCCGAUUAUCAUGAUGAAACUUAUCCAAAUGAUGUAAAUAUCAAAUAGAAAAUAUGGAAUGAAGAGAUUUGUGUUUUUCUGAAGAAAUUGAAAGUGAUUAAAUAAUGUU